CUUCUGAUGUGAGCAACAGACAGUUUUUAUUCAACUCAGUCGCACGCUCAUAUGUCUGCAUUGCACGGGAACACACUCCGUCAGAGAACAGUGCGCGAUACAUACCUUAAGGAUAUCCGUCUCUAAUGUGCAAUAUGACUUUUGAAGAAUCUUGUGGAGACAACGCCACGGAAAGAAUGGACUCGGUGGAAAAGGCACUGGAAGAGGUACUGACUGCUGCAUUACCACAGGGUUGCAUCACUGUUGGAGUUUAUGAGGCAGCCAAGUUACUCAAUGUGGACCCAGACAACGUGGUCUUGUGUCUGUUGGCCACAGAUGAAGAAGAUGUGAAAGAUGUCGCUCUUCAGAUACAUUUUACCUUGAUCCAGGCGUUCUGUUGCGAGAAUGACAUCAACAUCUUGCGAGUGAACAACAUGAGACGUCUGGCAGAGAUCCUCGAGGGGGUGAAACCGGGAGGAGAUUCAAUGGACCUUCACUGUGUAUUAGUCACCAAUCCACAGUCGUCCGUGUGGGAAGAUCUGGCCCUCAGCAAACUGAAUCGAUUCUGCAGAGACAGUCGGUGUCUGGACCAGUGGGUGCCGGUUAUCAAUCUACCCGAGCGAUGAGCAAAAGCAGACAAACUUUGUCAGCUUUUUCAAGCUACUGCACUAGUUUUGUAUUCUGCCCUGGAAGAAGCCAAAUGUUAUCACUGAGAAUGAGACAUAAGAGGGAUUAAUGAAAUGUAAUGGAUAAUGAAAUGUAUUCCAGCAAACCCAAUGAUAAGAAGUGUGGAUUUUGUGUUCGACUGGAUAGGCGAUUCAUGGUUUGCCCCAGAGCAGGAAGAAUGACUCAGCACUAUGUUCACAGUGCUGCCAGGGAACAACGAGUCCCGCAGUUUGCUGGGAAAAGACUGUACAGGAAACUGAAUCAUGUGACUGCUCACAUGCUGCACAAGUGUACUAAGAGCGAGCUGAGUGACUGGAGUACCGGUAUGUUCAACUGGACUCUAAGAAAUGUGAUCAGACUGUCAGUCUAAUGGACUGUUGAGCAAAAGUUGGGCAUGACCCUUUUGCAGACACUGCAAUUUAAAGACCAUAAUUUAUUAUCCUAAAGCUAUCCUUUUAUUAAAAUUAUUUCAAAGGGAAUAUACAACAGACUUUUGUUUUAGAAAUAAGUAACUUGUUUUUAAUUCAAUGAUUCUGGAAUAGAUUCUAUGUAUUUGAAACUGUUAAUUUAUUCAUUGUAUUUAUAUUGUUCUGUUCAUCCUCAAAUUGUUAGAAAAUAAAAUAUCUGACCCAUCUGCA